AUGAAGAGCAGGAAGGUCGAUACGUUCUACUACGUCGCCCUGAGCGGGAUGAGCGUCGGCGGGGAGCUGCUCUCGAUUCCGGCCUCGGUCUUCGAGCUCGACGGGAGGGUGAGGGAGGCGGACGGAGGUGGGGGGAGGUGGAUGAGGUGGGCGGAGUUUCUGUCCACCCUCUACUUCGACGAGUUUCUGUCCUUCUACGGCUCGAUCGAGGACGGCGGCGGCGAGGAGUCAUGGGCUUCCGUAGCGGUGGUGGAGAAGGAUUUGGAAGAGGCAUUCAGAGUGUUCUACAUAAACGACAACGGGUUCAUAACGAGCAAGGAGCUCCAGAAAGUGCUCUCGAGAUUAGUGUUGUGGAUUGAGAGUGAGACCACCGGGAAGGCUGCCGUCGGAAGAUUUCGCCCUAUGAUACGAAUCUCGACGGCGUGCUUGACUUUGAAAAGUUCAUGA